CUUCUCUGUCAUUUGAAACGAAAAGUCGUCUCUAUCUCUCUCCCUCUCAAAGGCUCAAAUUCACCCCAGCUCUCUGCUUUUCUCUUUCAAAUUCAUAAAACUAGGCGAAGGAAAGAAAGAAAGAAGAAGAAGAAGCAAAGCAAGUAAUUUUAGUAAGCAGCGAUUUUGUCUGCUCCCCUACUUCCUAAGCUCAAUCAGCUCUCGCCGCUGGCUGCAUGGUGUGAAAGGGUCCUCGGCUCCGACGCGUUUGGGUUCUUCUCAACAGAAAUACUAGUCAAUCACGAUGGGAAACGGCAUAGCUAAACUAAACCGCUGCUUCGCCGGAGAUGCUGGAGAGAUAUCCCGCCGCCAUCAUGACAUCGCCGUCUACCUUUCCGACCCACUGGACGAAGGCCUCGGCCAUUCCUUCUGCUACAUCAGGCCCGACUCCUCUUCCAAGACCAUCCUUUCCUCCUCCUCCGACUCCUCUACUACCACCAGCCACGCCGCCGCCUUCAGAACCAUCUCCGGGGCCUCCAUCUCCGCCAACACCUCCACGCCUCUCUCCACCUCCCUCAUCGACCUCGGCCCCUACAACGCUUCCCUCGACAAGGCUGCCGCUUUCGAGAGCUCUAAUUUGUUUGCCUCCAUUCCCCUCCAGCCCAUUCCCCGGAAAUCAAUUUCCUCGGUCAGGUCCGGCCCCAUUCCCCGGGUCGCCUGCCCCGGCUCCGGCCCCAUCGAAAGGGGUUUCUUGUCCGGCCCCAUUGAGCGGAGCUUCAUUUCUGGGCCCCUGGAGAAUCAGGAGGAUCAGUUUCAGAGGUACAGGCCGAAACCCAAGAAAUGGGCUUUAAUUAGAAAUUUCAAGAAAGUCAUGUCCAAAUCUUUUUGGAGUUCUGCAGAAUUGAGCUGGGUUGAGAAAAAUAACGAGAAUGGCACGGUUAGCGGUAGUAAUAGCAGUACUAGUAACAAUAAUCUGAGCUGUCGUUUGAGUUUAGCUGAUGAUCACAAUUUUGAUGAUGGAAAUGAAUCUUUUGGGAGCCAAAACGUGCAAUGGGCUCAGGGGAAGGCUGGCGAGGAUAGGGUCCAUAUUGUGAUUUCCGAUGAACAGGGUUGGGUUUUUGUUGGGAUUUAUGAUGGAUUCAACGGCCCCGAUGCCACCGACUUUCUGUUGAACAAUCUCUACUCCAAUGUUUGUAAGGAGCUCAAGGGAUUGUUAUGGAAUGACAAGUCAGAGUCAUUUGGCCGGGAAGAAGGGGUCUAUCGGGAAUUUGUUCCAUCAGAAGGAAUGGAGGUUAAUGGAUUUAUUGAUACGGGUGGUGACUUGAAGAUGUUUAAUAAUUUGGGACCAGAUGGUGUGGCGGGUAUUAAUCAUAUGGAUGUGUUGAAAGCAUUGUCGGAGGCUCUGAGGAAGACCGAGGCGUCCUAUUUGGAGAUAGCAGAUAUGAUGUUGGUGGAGAAUCCUGAGUUGGCUCUGAUGGGAUCUUGCGUUUUGGCGAUGCUGAUGAAGGGUGAUGAUGUUUACUUGAUGAAUGUCGGGGACAGCCGAGCAGUUUUAGCACAAAAUGGCGAACCUGAUCCAUGGUUUGGGAAGGUACGGAAGGAUUUGGAAAGGAUAAGGGAGGAAAAUCAGAAUGAUCUUGAAGCAUUUGAUGGCGAUGAAUUCGGCAGUCUGCAUCAUUUGACUUCUCGCCAACUCACCGUGGAUCAUGCUACCUCUGUAAAAGAGGAGUCUCAGAGAAUUAGAAGUGAGCAUCCAGAUGAUGGUUUGGCGAUCGUGAAUGAUAGAGUGAAGGGUUCCUUGAAGGUUACUCGGGCUUUUGGAGCUGGCUUUCUCAAGCAGCCCAAGUGGAAUGAUGCACUUUUGCAAAUGUUCAGAAUCCACUAUGUUGGAACUUCGCCCUACAUCACCUGCUCACCGUCUCUUUUUCACCAUAGACUCUGCCCAAGAGACAGAUUUCUGAUCCUUUCUUCAGAUGGCCUCUACCAGUACUUAACCAACCAAGAAGCUGUCACUGAAGUUGAGAAUUUCAUGUCUUCAUUUCCUGAGGGGGAUCCUGCACAACAUCUCGUUGAAGAAGUGUUAUUUCGAGCUGCUAAGAAAGCUGGCAUGGACUUUCAUGAAUUGCUUGAUAUACCACAAGGGGAUCGAAGAAGGUACCACGAUGAUGUCUCCGUUAUUAUAAUAUCCUUCGAAGGAAGGAUUUGGCGUUCAUCCGUGUAAUUAGAAACACGUAUAGAAAGUACAGAAGCUAUAUAUUCUUUUAUCCACAUUUUCCUUAGUGUUCAUAGUAUACGGCUAGGCUCGCAGACAAAAUGUAUCUACUUGGGGGAAGGGGGGGGCAAUGUAUAGGAUCAACACCUCUCCCCCUGUUAAAAUGUGAUAGGACGAUUGUGAAAUUUUGUAAUGAAUAGCCUUGAGGUUUGCAUUUUCUGGAGAAGUGCCUGGUAUAAGCAUCUAGAGAGUAAUAUAUUCGUUCAUUUUUUUGUUA